CACUGUACCAUUUCGAUGACGUAGAAUAAACUAAUAUCAGUCGCUGAUUUUAGUGGCAGCGAAGAGCUGUAAUGGAUAAACGCACUGGCCCCGCACACUUUUUAUUUAGUUUUUUCCUAUUGUCAUGUUUAUUUGUGCUAUCGCUCGCAACGGAACUUAGCUUUGUGACUUGCGGCUCGGUCGUGAAGCUGUUAAAUGUAAAGCACAAUGUCAGACUGCACUCUCACGACGUGCGCUACGGAUCUGGUAGCGGGCAGCAGUCAGUGACAGGGGUGACCACAGUGGAGGACAGCAACAGUUACUGGAGUGUGCGGGGCACCAGUGUGGCCCUAUGUCACCGGGGGACUCCUGUUAAGUGUGGUCAGACCAUCCGCCUCACCCACCUCAACACCGGACGCAACCUGCACAGCCACUACUUUGCUUCUCCGCUGUCCUCCAACCAGGAGGUGAGUGCGUUUGGUGAGGAGGGUGAGGGGGACCACCUGGAUGAGUGGAUGGUGCAGUGCGAAGGGUUGGUAUGGGAGCGUGAGGAGGCCGUCCGCUUCCAGCAUGCCUCCACUGAUACGUUGCUAUCUGUUACGGGGGAGCAGUACGGCCGGCCCAUCCACGGGCAGAGGGAGGUGCACGCUAUGACGGGCCCCAGCCAGCACAGCCUGUGGAGGGCCAUGGAGGGGGUGUUUAUGAAGCCCAGUGAAAGCCCACUAGGGAACAUGGACUACAGCCAUCCUCUACACACAGAGUUCUAAUUCUCAAUCAUCCUGUUACCUGACACACCUAGCGCUUAGCUAACAAACUACUCAAGUGUUUCUUAAUCCUGUUUCUGGGGACCCAAAAGCUGUAUGUUAGCUGCCUUAGCACUACACACCUGAUCAAAGCUUGAUGAUGACUUGAUAAUUUGAGUCAGCUGGGUAGUCGGGGCUCAAAACGCAACACUCGCAUUUGCAACCCUUUGACUUGGUAGUGUGACACCAAUUUUAAUUGAUCGUCAGGGUGCCAGUGAUUUUAUAUAUUUUUUGGUCUGGUCACGUUAGGUUUUGGUUCACAAUUAGCUUUUAUUAUUAUCAAGAAUUAUUCAAACAGCAAUGUGUAUACAACAAUGGGUACGCAGACCAGGUAUUCAAAAAGGUUAGUCUGAUGUCUUGAUUGAAUCUUUGCGAUGCGCAAUUCAGUCAUCAUGCGCAGUUUGAAUGAACAUUACUAAAGGCUUUCACAAAAAACCUUCCCAAUUUCUGCAAAUGAAGUCUACCUGGCAGAAUGAUAUCAUGAUGAUUUGAUUCAAUCAUGGGGUAUUUAUUUUUCAAAUGGACUGCCAUCACAUUUAGCCUACACUGUACAGUACAAAAACACUGCUAGCUAAACACAAGGGUCUCUUGCUAGGUGUGCAGUUUAAUUAAAGGGCAACACCCAGACCUCAAAAGUGGUUUAAGCAUUGUUGUGGACUUGGAACAUCCCAACAUAUACAAUAAAAAAGGUGUGAUUUUUGAGUGUGAACCUGGGGGGAAAAACUUGGAGAACCUCGAAAACCUGGAAAAUAAAAUCGGGAAAACAGAUUUUAUAGGCCUUACAACUGUAGUGUGACUGUUUAACAUAGCGAACAAAAACAUCCUUUUUGAGAUUGAGCAAAGGUAGAUUUUAGGCUACUUGCUCAGCCCGCAAAAGAACAUUCCAAUGGUGUGCGCACUCUCGGGCCAGUAUUCUUUUCCAUUCAGGUUAGUAGCUUUGAGUUGCCACUGGCCUGGUGUGCCACUGGCAAAUUUACCUGAAUGUCAAGCCCUGCAAGGGCAUGCUAAUUUAAAAGAUGACCAGUCAUUAUUAGCCUGGUUCCUUAUGGAAUGCAGGUACAUUAUGGAACACAGGUCAGGUCCCUACCAAUUAUUUUAAAAAAAAAAUUUGGUUUGACCAAAUCAUGUGCCAUCAACUGAAAAAGUGAGUCUAGAGUGCUGGUAGUGCUAGGGCAAAACAAAAAUAAAUGUUCACCGCUUAGCGUCCAUAGGACCAGGAUUAAGAAACACUACUCUAUAUCAUUUACUUCCAUUAUCUCUCUCUCUGCUCUCUCUCCUCCCCUCUCUCGCCCGCUCCCUCCCACCCAGAGUUCUGAUCUACACUACUUUGGCUUCUCUAGACUCACUUGAGGUUUUCACUACCUGCCUUCUUUGCCCCCUUUCUAUUUUCCUGCUCUGGGCUGAAGUUGCCCCUAGGUAUGGAUCUAUGAUCAGCUUACCCUCCUUAAAUCUUGACCUUCACCAUUAGUUGAGGAAAUGCUAAACUAACUCAGGACCAGUGUCUACUUCACCCAGGAUCUAUUUUACCCACCUCUAUUCUUGUCUGCCUACCUGUUUCUCCUCCUGUUUUGAGGAAACAGUCCGGCAUAAGUGCCACAGUGGAUGUUAUCUGAUCUAAGGGUCGCCAGGACAACAUCAGAACUGUUCCUGACCAAUCAAAACAAAUCUCUGUCACAUGACUUCACCUGCUCUUUGACUUAUCGGUCACAGAUCAACAGCUGGGAACAGACUAUUCUGAAACACUAAACCUGGGGUGUCAAACUCAAUCUGUGGAGGGCCUAGUGUCAGGUUUUUUUUUCCCAAUUAAGACCUCGACAACCAGGUGAGGGGAGUUCUUUACUAAUUAGGGACCUUAAUUCAUCAAUCAAGUACAAGGGAGGAGCAAAAACCCAGACACUCAGCCCUCCGUGGAAUGAGUUUGACAGGUGCACUAAACCAACCAAAAGGCUGCAACAGGAUGUAGUUAAGGCCCUCUUCCCACACCUCCCAACAUGUCACUUCAACAUAGACAGCAAAAUGAAUGUCAGACUCUAGAAAUACUGCCCAAAGCCACCAGAACAAAAAUGAGUGUUUUUAUUGUUCAGAAUAUAGACAUACUCCAUAUUUUAGAGCACACUACAAGGACUAUGACACCAAGAUCUCCGUACAGUUUACGAUCAUAGGGUCUUACAGGAGGGAUCUUUUUAAAAGGGAAUAAAAUGUCCCAUCAUUAUUUUAUCAAAAAUGGUUUGUGAUACAUGUAAAAAGCAUUUAAAACAUGUAUUUCCUUCCAGAAUUUUCUAUGUGAGAAUUGCCAGAACAAUCUGAGAUGCACAAAAUAUUUUCCGCUCCCACACGUGGAACCACCCUACUGUCUCAAAGACUGUGUGCUGCCCAUGAUGUGUUUUUAUUUUUAUUUUUAGAAAGGAAUAUAGUAUAAAUUACUUUAUUGCUCCUCUGAGAAAUGAAUGUCAUGAUCAACAAUGGACACUACAGACAACAGUCCAUAUAAAAUGUGCCGGUUUGUGUUGAUUACAAGUCCAAACUAUUUGUGUACAAAAUUGAGUGCACUGGAACAGUUCUAAUUAAAGCCCAUGUUUAUUUGAAGAACAAGACUUGUUUUUAGUCCGAUUUGUAGAUGGAAAAACAAGAUUGUUACGGCGCCUUUAUAACAUGAUAUAGUUUCUCGUACUAUUCAUUUAAGUGUAUCAUUAAAGUGGAAGGAGCACUUUUCUGUUUUAUAAAAAAAAAAAAUUAUAGCAGACUCUCCCCACAGUUACAACACCCCUUCUCUUCUUUACGACAAACAAGCAAGUGUUUUUUAUUUGUUUGACUUUCGAUUCCAGCUUAAUUCAGUACAGUAUCACAUCUCUCUUCCAUUGACUAAGCUGAAACAUAAAGUGUAUCAGCUUUCUGUGUCCACUACAGUAUUAUCUCAGUCAGCCAUAGGGGACAAUUGCAUUCUGUCAGUAUGUGAACUGGAAUUCUGAAUUAAAGUGCCUUUGAAAACAAAAGGCACUUUUUCCUAUUCUAGAAUAGAAUUCCUCAAUUCAACUUCUAGAACUUACAAUUCUUUAUUGGAAUUGACCUCAACCCUGCUGUCCGUGUCUAAGGAGUUGACGGCAACAUCCUGUCUUGUCUGACAUAGAGAACUUUGUAGGAACCAUCAGCUGUCUGAGUGUUCAUCCCAACAGCUUUGUUUUCAGGAGAUUUGUACAUGAUGAAACACAAUAGAGACCUCAAUUAAAUGGAUGAUUUGUGUAAA